AUGCCUCGGGUAAAGGCAAUUACAACAGGAUCUGUCCCAUCUUUCGUUGAUGUGAUCCUUAACUUUGCAGAAUCAGAUACCACCUCGACUCUCGCUCACCAGGAUACCUGGCUAGCCCAGCUGAGAGUUAAGCCCGGCGGUCGACUGGUCAUGUACGGAGACGAUACGUGGCUGAAGCUGUUUCCUGGCAUGUUCUACAGACAUGAUGGGACUACAAGCUUCUUUGUCUCUGUAAGAACAUCCAAUCUUCCCUUCUUGUUGGAUCAAUCAUCUGACCCUGAGCAAAGGAUUUUACUGAAGUCGACAACAAUGUCACCCGGCAUAUACCUGAGGAAAUGGAAGGAGAUGGAUUCCAUAGUCAAACAAAUAUACAGUUCCAUGGAAAAGGAGGCCCAUUUGUCUUCCGCACUUCUUAUUCUAUGCGGUGACCACGGUAUGAACGACGGUGGUAAUCAUGGCGGUGCAUCGGCAGGAGAGACCUCCCCGGCUCUUACCUUCAUAUCCCCUAAAUUUCAAGACAUGGGACUUGUAAAGGCGCCCCUCAAGCCUUCGCCCGGGGAAUUCGAUUUCUACGACAUAAUAGACCAAUCAGAUAUAGCUCCUACUCUGGGUGGUCUGCUCGGCUUUCCAGUUCCCCUGAACAACCUUGGAGUUUUUAUCCCCCAGUUUCUCCCGCUAUGGAAAAAAGGCGAGGAACGGCUACAACUUCUCCAAGAAAAUGCUCAACAGAUCAUAAAAAUCGUCAAGCAAACAUAUCCAGGCUACAAGUUCGACUCUACUACUGCCCAGUUGACCCAUUGUGACGGCAGUCCAAACUCCGAGAUAGCAGAGCUCGAAUGCAAAUGGCAGAGGGCACAGCGAAUGAUUUCUCAGCCUGCUGAAGAUACCACUCUCUCCCUGGACAUAGAACAACCCCUUAUAGACUUCCUACGUACUGCACAAACCAUGAUGUCUAGCACGGCAAGCAAUUACAACCUGUCAAGACUAUAUCAGGGCAUAGCAUUCUCGGGGAUCGCCUUUUUGCUCUCUCUCUAUUCAUGCAUGCAAAAGGGCCGUAAUGGGACUGCAGCUAUGGGAUACAUGUUCCUAGUCCUUCUCGGAUACGGAGCCCUAAUGUUUGCAAGUAGCUACGUUGAGGAAGAGCAGCAUUUUUGGUACUGGAUGGCUUCCGGCUGGAUAUUCUACAUCUACUGGAAAUCCUCCAACAACCACAAAGUCAAGUCGGGCUAUGUUGGCGCAUUUGUGCUUGCCACAUUGACACGAAUUAUGAGACGUUGGAACCAGACUGGUCAAAAGUUCGCGGGAGAACCAGAUAUUGCCAACACCUUCUUCAGGGACCAUCCCAACGUGAUGUGGCUACUGAUUCUCUUCACAUAUACUGACCUCUAUCAAAGGCUACUGCCAAACACGUCCAUAGCAGAUCCGACAAAUAAGCUAUUGUCGCUACUAUAUCUCCCUCUGACUAGUUUCUCGUUCAUAUUCAAGGUGGUAUUCACAGAUGCUGAUGCACCAGAGCUUAUACGGAAUAUCCCUUUCCUCCCAUUCUUGAUCAGAGGUGUGCGAGGACUGUCCCUUGUUUUCCAGGCCCGGGUUGUUCUUAUAGGAGUCUUGGUAUGCUCCCUGUACGCGAUAUACUUGAGAGCUACCAGAAACAGCAAUCGAACUGGUGCAAGAAGAGACAUUCGAGGAACCUUCCAUACUUUGCUCAGUUUAUUCCUCAUCACUCAAUCUCGAGCAACCAAUAUACCUCUGUUCGCUCUCUUCCGUAUCCAGCAACAGGUUCUCAGCUCCAUGUCACUGUCUACCACAGAAAUCACUGUCACGUCCCUCCUGUUUCAGUACGCAAGCUUUUUCGCUCUCGGUGGCUCUAAUGCUAUUUCCUCGGUCGACUUGUCUAAUGCCUACAACGGUGUGAGUGGGUAUAAUGUUGGCGUAGUAGGCAUACUGACCUUUAUCAGUAACUGGGCUGGUCCUAUCUGGUGGGUAUCUGCUACUCACCACUUGUUGAGCAUUACUCGCUCUGCACGCCAGAACCAGCCAAACAAGCAUAUCCAGCUCUUGACCUUGUUCGUUGCUACGAGCCUGUUAGCUGUGAUGAUAGCUUGUACUGCCCUUCGAACGCAUCUGUUUAUAUGGACUGUGUUUUCCCCCAAGUUUCUUUACAGCAUGGCAUGGACGCUGGCCCAACAUAUCAUCAUUAAUAUUCUAUUCGGAGAGCAUUUGCUGCGAUGGUUAUACAAUUAG